AUGAACACCUGGGUCCGGGGCCGAAGGAGCGAGCACAGCCUGGGAGCCGAGCGGGAGCACUUCGAUAAGCAACAGCUGAGCAGUAUCAGCAAAGCCAUCAACUCCACCGAGACGCCCGUCAAGGAGAAGCAUGCUCGCCGCAUCAUCUUGGGCACUCACAGAGAGAAGGGGGCCUACACCUUCUGGUCCUACUCCCUGGGCUUCCCUCUGGCCGGCAGCUCCAUCCUCAGCUGGAAGUUCUGCCAUGUGCUCCACAAAGUGCUGAGAGACGGGCACCGCAAUGUUCUACAAGACUGCAUGAGGCACCACGGCAGCCUGGUGGAGGUUGGGAAAAUGUGGGCCCAUCUUCACGACAAAUAUGGCCAGCUCGUUGGCCUUUACACAAAGCUGCUCUGCACCAAAAUGGAGUUUCACACAAAGCAUCACACCAUCCCCCCAAACCUCGAGAUCACAGACGAGGACUUGGAGCGCGCCGCUGGCUCAGAUAUAAACAAUGUGUUCCAGCUCACUGUGGAGGUGUUUGAUUACAUGGACGGGGAGCUGCGUUUGGCCGAUACAGUUAUUCGACAGCUGAACACGUCCAUCGCCAUCUCCAGCCUGACUUCAGGCCAGUGCCGUCUGUCUCCCCUGGUGCAGGUGAUCCAGGACAGCAGCCAGCUCUACCACUUCACCGUCAAGCUCCUCUUCAAGCUGCACGCAUGUCUCCCCGCUGACACUCUCCAAGGACACCGGGAUCGCUUCCACGACCAGUUCCACAAACUAAAAAGCUUCUUCAACAAAGCCCGAGACAUGAUUUACUUCAAGAGACUAAUCCAGAUUCCUCGGUUACCAGAUACGCCUCCAAACUUCCUGCACGCUGCGUCUCUGGCCAAACACAAGAAGCUGGUCGUGGUGAUGGCCGACCAGGACGAGCAGGUGGACGAUGACGACGACGAUCCCGAGCCGCUGAUUGACGUGGAGAGUAGCCCCGCCCCCGUGGCUCAGGCCCCACAGCCGUCUGUGGACAUCUUUGACCAGGCGUUCGGCCCUCCUAAUGGAGCCUUCGAUGACAGAGACCUGCAAAUAGAUAGUUUGAAGAGGGACCUGGAGCUGUUGAGAGCAGAGUUGGAAAGAGUCAAGGCAGAGGCCCAGCACUACAUCACUCAGCUCAAAUCUCAGAUCAACAGUUUAGAGGCUGAGCUGGAGGAGCAGAGAUUGCAGAAGCAGAGGGCGCUGCUGGAAAACGAACAGCUGCGGAUGGAACUGGAAGCAACACGCCGAAGGAACGCGGAGCACGAAGGCCUACAGUCCACCUUCCUGGAAGCAGAGAAACGAUCCCAGGCCUCUGAGCAGCGCUACAACAUGCUGAAAGACAAGCACACAGAGCUGGUGGCCAGUCACGCAGAGCUGCUGCGAAGGAGCGCAGACACCAUGAAGAUGCUGUCGACGACGCAGCAGACUCAGGACGAGGUGGAGCGAACCAAGCAGCAGCUGUCCUUCGAGAUCGACCGCAUCCGACAAGAGGCCGACAUGAAGAUGGAGGAGCAGAAGUUUGAGAUGGAGAAGCUGCGGCGGGAGCUGGAGGAGAAGAGGACAGAGAUGAUGCGCAUCAACUCCACGCUUCAGACCUCAGAGCAGGCCUCUGUGCAGAUGAACAGCUCCAUGUCAGCUCUGCAGGCGGAGAAAGAGCGGCUGAUGCGCUCGGUGAGUGAGCGGGAGGCCGAGCUGUCGUCGCUGCGUCAGUCCUCUCAGCUGCAGCAGUCGUCUCUGCAGCAGGAGCGGGACAAGAGCAGCCGCGAGCUGGGGGAGCUGCAGACCAAACUGCAACAGAAGACGACUCAGGAGGAGCAGCUGAAGCAGAAGCUGUUGGAGGAGCAGUUCGCUCUUCUGCAGGGAACCGUGACGGAGGCAGAGAACAUCAUCCAGGACGCUGUGGCCAAGAUCGACGACCCUCUGCACAUCCGCUGCACCAGCUCCCCAGAUUACCUGAUCAGUCGAGCGGAGGCGGCGCUGAGUUCCAUCGAGAACAUGAAGAAAGGCCAUGCAGACUACAUCAGGAACAUGAACGAUGCUGGAGGACUGCUGAGAGCGCUCACACAGUUCUCACACUUGGCUGCAGACACGAUCGUGAACGGCAGCGCCACAGCUCACAUGGCGCCCACCGAUCACGCAGACCGACUGACGGACAACUGCAGAGGAUGUGCCACUCAGAGUCUUCAGUAUCUGAAGGACCUAAAAACCAAAGUGUCGCUCCAGAAAGCCGACCCGGCCGCUGUUCGACUCAUCAUCCAGAAGAUCCUGCACCUCGGACAGGAGCUGCGUCCCAAAGGCAUGGACGUGCGGCAGGACGAGCUGGGGGACAUGGUGGACAAAGAGAUGGCGUCGACGUCGGCCGCUAUCGAAGAGGCGGUGCGCAGGAUCGAUGAAAUGAUGAAUCAGGCCAGAAAAGACACGUCCGGCGUCAAACUGGAGGUCAAUGAAAGAAUUCUAAACAGCUGCACAGACUUGAUGAAGGCCAUUCGUAUGCUGGUGGUGGCCUCUACAGAUCUGCAGAAGGAGAUAGUGGAGGGUGGAAGGGGAGCUGCGUCCAUAAAAGAAUUCUACGCCCGUAACUCUCGCUGGACAGAGGGGCUCAUCUCUGCAGCCAAAGCCGUGGGCUGGGGCGCCACGGAGCUCGUGGACUCCGCAGACAAAGUGGUGCUGCACACGGGCAAAUACGAAGAGCUCAUCGUGUGUUCCCAUGAGAUCGCAGCCAGUACCGCGCAGCUGGUGGCCGCCUCCAAGGUGAAAGCAGACCGCAGCAGUAAGCGCCUGGCCACGCUGCAGCAGGCCUCGCGAUGCGUCAACGAGAUGGCAGCCAACGUGGUGGCCUCGACCCGGACAGGAAAGGAGAACCUGGCGGAGAAAGACACCAUGGACUUCUCAGGGAUGUCUCUCAUUAAGCUGAAGAAGGAGGAGAUGGAGUCGCAGGUGAAAGUGCUGGAGCUGCAGUCUCUGCUGGAGAACGAGCGCCUGCGUCUGGGAGAGCUGAGGAAGAAGCACUACGAGGUGGUGGGAGUUCCACUGGACAAGGUCGCUGAGGGAAACGGACUGGCCCCAAUCCUGGCCCCAACCCUGGCCCCAACCCUGGCCCCAAACCUGGCCCAAAACCUCGCCCCAAACCUCGCCCCAGGGUCCCCCAAGCUGUCCAAACCUGUGAUAAUGAGGAAGCCCGCACUGGCACAGAAACCCAGCGUCCCAUCCAAGAAUGUAUUCAAAUGA